AUGAUGCUAUUCACGGGUUCGGACCAUUGUUGCCAUGGAAUCUUAAAGUUGAUUUUGGUGAUGCCAGUUCACUUGAGAAUAUCUUUAAAGGUUGUGAUUCCUCCUGAGGGUUAUUUGAAAGCUAUUAGAGAACUCUGUACAAAACACAACGUUUUGAUGAUAGCUGAUGAAUUACAAAGUGGUCUAGCGAGAUCUGGAAAGAUGUUAGCUUGUGACUGGGAAGAUAUUCGUCCUGACAUGGUGAUACUUGGGAAAGCAUUAGGUGGAGGAGUGAUUCCAGUAAAUGCAGUGCUUACUGAUAAAGAUGUGAUGAUCCAUAUCAAACCUGGCUAA